CUCAUUUGCACAUUAUUAUUUAUCCAAACUUCUGGGAAGCUUUACUACGGACUGCACGGCACUGGUUAUGGAUUAGGACAGAUUUAAUCUUCACUCUUGAUUGGCUGAAAGCAGUGAGGGAAGCCACGGUGUUUGCCUUUGUGCAGCGCUGAGGGAUAUAUUUAGUAGGUAGCCGACCCUGUCAGCGCGACACGUAACGCAGCGUGGCUGUGCAGUUGGUAGCUGACACGGGAGGAUGCUGCAGGACCCCAGAUCGCCUGCUGAAGGAGAGAGGGAGGCUCUCCUCGCUGGCUAGCAGAUCAUUCUGCUGUGUAUCAGUGUCAGAGGCUGUAUUCUCUGUGUCUUUGGGACAAAAGAAGAGUUUCACUGUUAUGAGCUCAGUGAUAAAGCGUCAGUGUCAUGUAACUGCAAGGUACAGGGACGGAUGCUGCCCCAGGAGAGCCUGGCUGAGAAAGAAAGCCCCCGUCUCCAUCCUAGGAUUUAGUGUUAAAUGUGCAGCCUCUCAGCUACCCUGCCCUUCUCUGUGUCCUGGUAUCUCAGGAUGGGGUAGAGGACACAUGCCUGAAUGCCCUAGACCUCUCAGCAACUUGUAUUUUGGCCAAGAGUCAUUUUGCCUCAUGUUGGGUCACAAGACUAAAGUAAAGGCGUUCAUCUCCUGAAACAUUAAAAGACUUAGUGAAGCUGCAGAGCAGAAAACAACGUGCAGGACUUUUCCUCCACUGCCACCAGCGUGUCUGACCUUUCUGACUGCUCAGAGGCAUCUUUUUGGUCAGCGUUGUGAUUUAUGCUGGUUUUAUCCCGGCUACACAGGAGAUUCCUUGAUGGAUUACAGUCUCGGCAAACUCUAACUCCAGGAGAAGAAUGACAGUGAAGAGACUUGAACCAGACUUUACAGCAUCCUGGAAAGGAACGGGCUCGGGCUGUCAGUAUUUGGAGGUUUUUUGAUGCUCUACCUCCCUCUGCUGUUACCAGCAAGAAGUUCCUCGACAAUGGGAAAUCAAGUACUCGCGGCUUCGAUUUCCAUGCUCUCCCUCCUGGCCAUGAUGGGAGACUCGGACAGCAAAACAGACAGCUCCUUCGUGAUUGACUCCGACCCCAGCCGCUGUAUGAGGCAUCACUACGUCGACUCCAUCAGCCACCCCCUCUACAAGUGUAGCUCGAAGAUGGUGCUGCUGGCUCGCUGCGAAGGGCGCUGCAGCCAGACGUCACGCUCGGAGCCAAUGGUUUCUUUCAGCACUGUCCUGAAGCAGCCUUUCCGCUCCACCUGCCACUGCUGCAGGCCUCAGACCUCCAAGCUGAAAGCCAUGAGGCUGCGAUGCUCGGGGGGCAUGCGGCUCACGGCCACCUACCGCUACAUCCUCUCCUGCCACUGUGAGGAGUGCAACUCCUAGGGGUGUACCUGCCGCAGCAGAGAGAGGAUUGGGAUGCUGCUGCUGAGGAUGGCUCCCAAGAAGUAGUCCAAGGUGAGGCCGACACUCCCAGCAUACGUUUGCAGCAAGGACAGGACUAACUAGGCUGGAUUGGAUACGAGAGCUAAAGUGUCCUGGGGUCCUGGAUGGUGCUGGUAGCAAAGUAUGGGCUGUGACAAAGGCAAAAGCACAAGGACUUGUUUUUAAGAAGCCUUUCUUUCUUGCUGAAAGGAUAUUUUUGUGAGUUUCUUCUUUUUCAGGCUCAACAAUGACCUCAGAGAGGUGCUUUUACUUUAGGCCAAGGGCAGGAGGGAAAAAGAAAGGAAGGACAGCGGGAUGACAGCACUGCGCCCUGGAAGGUGGCAUUCAGACAGAGGAUGGGCAUCAGUUCCAACACAUAACCUCUUAACCUGCGAAUUUAUUCUCAGCCUUUUAGUAAUAUUGGCCUUCAAAACAAACUGUGGUGUUGGCAAGGGUUACCUAGCAGCCAAGCACUGGACAACUUUAACUGUGGUUUGGCAGAAAUCACAAAUAAAUCAUUG